CAUCCGCAGACGCAACAUCGCCAACUAAUCUCGGUUCACGUGCUUGACUUUAAUUGCAGGCGUCGUAGAACUUUAUUUCAGUUUGCUGCGUUUGUUUUGUUUCCACAUUCACACUCAAAUCUUCACAACACAAAGUUUUUCUUCUUCAAAAACACCUGAACUGUCAACAUGUCUGGACGUGGUAAAGGUGGAAAAGGAUUGGGAAAAGGUGGCGCCAAGCGUCAUCGUAAAAUCCUCCGUGACAACAUCCAAGGUAUUACCAAGCCCGCCAUUCGUCGUCUUGCCCGUCGUGGUGGUGUCAAGCGUAUUUCUGCCCUUGUGUACGACGAGACGCGUGCUGUGUUGAAGCUUUUCCUCGAGAACGUUAUUCGGGACGCUGUCACAUACACAGAGCAUGCCAAGAGAAAAACCGUUACCUCUCUUGAUGUCGUUUAUGCUCUCAAGCGCCAAGGCCGUACCAUCUAUGGUUUCGGUGGAUAAGCUGUAUACCUAUUUUGCUUGCAAAAGCUACAGCAUUUUCUCCUUCCUUGUCUAAUGUUUGUUCUUCUGUUUUCUUUUUGCAUAAUUGUUAUCUUGCCUUUCCGCCACUCGCUUAAUGGAGAAGAGCUUUAACAUAUGACCCGUCUUUUUCCUUAGUUUCAAUGGUAUUCAUUUUGCUAGACUAUA